AUCAGCGUCAGAUCGUCCCUGUAUUUUUCGUGGUCUCAUUGAAAAAGAACAGAGUCAUGGCUGCUGUGAGUUUUGAAGAAUUUUCAGUGCCUCCUGGCUCAGAGUUGGCAUUGCCCCCUCUUUUUGGUGGAAAUAUCCUAGAAAGUGAGUUAGAGACUGAGGUGGAAUUUGCUGAUGGCGGGAUACCAGAAGAAGAGGAAGAGGAGGAUAUGUUGCGGCAACAGGAGAUGACUCGACGCAAGUGUCAAGUGCUUGCCCAACGUUGCAAGGAGUUAGAACAGGUGAAUGAGAGAAUGUUAAAUCGGCUCCAUCAGGUCCAGAGAAUAACACUGCGUCUCAAACAGGAAAGGAGGUUUCUAAUGAGAGUUUUGGAUUCCUAUGGGGACGAUUACAGACAAGGCCACCUUGAUAUUGUCUUGGAGGAUGAAGGAAUCCAUAGUGCAGAUGUUGCAACUCCUGGCAACGCAGGGAAUGAGCCCUGUGAGAAAGAAGCCCCCAGGUGCCUGUCUGCCCAAGAGCCAGAGAGCCUCUCUCCUAGUGAAGGCCCCGUCAGCAAGAAGCGGCGACGUCAUCUGCGAGAGGAGAAGGAAGGGAGGCUGCGUCGAGCAGCCCCAACAUUGCUGCCCAUGGACGAUUUCCCUGUACAGAUAAAAUCUGAAGAGGAUUUCCAGUGUGACCAGGAUGAUGUUCUCAGCUCUGCCUGGCAGCAGUCCAGUCCCCAGGACAAGUUACUCCAUUACUCAAAGUUUCCUAGCCCUGGUGCCUGUUCUGAUUUUGACUGAGGCUGGUCCCUUAUCUAAGGAAAGCACACACACACACACACAC